GCAGAGCUGGACAUGCCCCAACUAGCCAUCACGGGCCUUGCCACCAUCAUGACGCUGCUGUCAGUUAUGAUCUUUGUGGAAGAAGUCUUCUACCUCACCCGCAAGAUCCGCUGCCCCAUCAAGAUGAAGACCCUCUGCUGGAGCAGCUCGGCCCCCACGGUCGUGUGCGUGGUCAGCUGCUUCGGGCUGUGGAUCCCACGCUCGAUGAUGGUGGUGGAGAUGGCUACCACGGCGUACUUUGCCGUCUGCUUCUACCUCCUGAUGCUGGUCAUGGUGGAGGGCUUUGGGGGGAAGGAGGCAGUGCUAAGCACCCUGAAGGACGUGCCCAUGGUGGUCAGCACUGGGCCGUGCUGCUGCUGCUGCCCCUGCCUGCCCCGAAUCACCAUGAGCAGGAGAAAGCUUCAACUGAUGAUGCUGGGGACUUUCCAGUAUCCCUUCUUCAAGGCAUUCGCCGUCUUCCUGGGGCUGGUCCUGGCCACUGAUGGGAACUACAACCCUGCUGACAUCUCAGAAGAGAGCGUGGCCCUCUGGAUCAACACCAUCAUCGGUGUCUCCACCCUCUUUGGGCUGUGGGCCUUGGGCAUCCUCUUCCGGCAGGCCCGGCUGCACCUGACUGAGCAGAACAUCAAGGCCAAGUUCUCCUGCUUCCAGAUCCUCCUUCUCCUGACGGCACUGCAGCCUGCCAUCUUCAGCAUCCUGGCCAACAACGGCAACAUCGCCUGCUCGCCGCCGUUCUCCUCCAAGGCCAGGUCACAGCAGAUGAACCUGCAGCUGUUGAUCCCACAAACCUUCAUCUUGACGGUGGUGACACGGAUGUACUACCGCAAGCAGGAUGACAAGCCGGGCUACCAGCCCGUCAGCUUCGCACCCACAGGCACCGACACCAAGGCGUGA